UUGUUUCUGCACAUUUUUUGCAGUGCCUGUUCUAUUCUACCUGCUGGAGAUAUGAAAACAAAACCGCGUGUUUAGGAACAGUUCUCUAUUGUAUCUCAUGCUUUGGAAACUAUGUACGCAAUUUUACUCAGCAAAUUAUAGGCGUUUCUCGAUUAUUUUCUAAGCGUUCACAGCUCAGAGUAAAUUAAUUACCUUUCCUGGAUGAGCUCUAGCUGUACAUUUAAACUCAGCGUUUUUGAUAGACUAUUCGUAUUGCUCCUUAUUUCCUGUGCAUUAAGGCAAAUAACCAGUAGUAAAGAAAGCUGUGAUUUUCAAUAUUAGUUAUAGUAGGAAGAUAUACUCCUUUAAACCAAGAAAUGUAUACAUUGUAUGUGGAGAGUAAGCUUGCUGGUCCAUUAUUUGGAAGUGUAAUUGUAGAAAUGAAUCCAAGAGAAAAUGUAGGUAAUAUUGUUGACACCUACUUACAUGCUCUACAAAAUGAAGAAAAAGUACCUGGCUUGGCAAUUUAUAAUGGCAAUAACCAAAAGCUUGAAUGGAAUGCUACUCUAGAAUCUCAAGGGAUUGAGGAUGGAACCAGAGUGUUUAUUGGUCAUGAUAGAUCUAAUUUUAUGAAGCCUGUCCAUGUUGCUGUUAUUGGUCUUUCUACAAUUCUCAUAGCUUGUGUACUUUUUGUUGUUACUGCUUUAUUGUAUGGAACGACUGGAGGAAUUAUACCUUUUGAUUAUGGUAUUGUAAUCGAUGCUGGAUCCGCACAUACUGAAGUAUUUCUUUACCAGUGGUCAGGUGAAAAAGACCAGGGAACUGGUCAGGUUCAUCAGAGAGGAUCAUGCGAGUAUGAAGUUGGAAUUGCCAGUGGUGUUGAUCCUGUAAACAUAAUUUCAUGUGUAAAUAACGUUACAAGUCUAGUCCCCAAAGGUUCAUCGCCUGUACUUUAUUUAGGAGCAACAGCUGGAAUGAGAAUAUUAAAUUUGACUAAUCCGAAAGAAGCAAGUCUGAUUUUAACAUCAUUGAAGUAUGGCUUAAGUACUUCACCAGUUCAAGUUAAGACAAUUAGUAUUAUACCUGGUGAAGCUGAGGCCCUUUUUUCUUGGAUAUCAUCUAAUUUUUUGAUUAACUCUCUUUAUGAGGAGCUAAGUACUUAUGGAGCUUUAGAUUUAGGUGGAGCUUCUACUCAGUAUGCAUAUGCUGUUCAUAACAAAUCACUCAUUAAUGAUACAGACGUUUUCCCACUAAAACUAUAUGGUCAUCAGUAUUUUGUGAAAUCUGAAACUUUCCUUUGUUUUGGUUAUAUUGAAGCUUUGUAUAGAAAUGAGGCAUCAAUGUUUAUGGAAAUUGAAACACCUACUCUUAAUGAUCCUUGUUUACCUGCAGGAUAUGUUGAGAAGAUAGAUGUUCAGUCUUUUGCUCAAAAACCUUGUAUACAAAGCCAAAAGUUUAACAAGUGGAUUCAAAAUCAUUCAAUUACUGGUGAAUUGCUUGUUAGAGGAGCAAGUGAUUAUAAACAAUGCCGAAAAAAUAUUUUGAAUCUUGCAAACCAGACCUUUUGUGAAAUGUCUGGCUUCAAAUAUUGUUUUCCUAAUACUAAUUUAAGAGGAUUGAACAUGAAUUUUACUGCUUUUUCUGGAUUCUAUUAUGUUGUUCAUUUUUUGAAUGGCACAAACUCAUUGGAUGAGUUUGUUAAUUCCACUCAAACUUGGUGUACCUUGACUUGGGAAGAGAUACAACAUACUGUACCGGAAUCUGAGUUAAAACAUGUACUACAAUAUUGCUUUGCUGCUAUUUAUAUCACUGAGCUUCUGACAAAUAAAUAUGGUUUUGAUUCAUUGACUUGGAAAACUAUUCAGUUUACCAAACAGAUUGAACAGGCAGAUAUUGGAUGGACUUUAGGAUACAUGAUUAAUGCUACAAAUGCUAUUCCUGAAGAAAAGCCUUCUCCACCUGUAAUAUCUUUAUCUAUUUUUGCACCUUUAGCUGUGUUGAGCAUUGCUUUGAUUGUCAUCGCAAUUAUCAUCAUUAAGAAACAUGGAGAUAUGAAUAUCUUUAAGAAAAGUCACACCAGACUCUUAGAUGUAUAAUUUAGUUAAAUUAAUAUUUCUAUAUUAUUCCAAAAUAUUUAAUGUUUUUGUUCCACAGCUAAUAAAUAUAUAAUUAAUCUUUUACGCUAAAUGCUAUAUAUUUUUUAUUAACUCAAAAUAAAGUUUAAACGUUGGCUUUAUGUUUCAUGCACGGAUAUAGUUAUGAAAAUAAAAUAAUUUUUUCCCCUUAA